AUGUACCGGUCGAACUUUUACGAGAGCACGUGCCUGCGAUGCUACCAGACGGUGUACCAGGUGGACCGGGUGGGCCCGCUCAAGGACUUCACGUUCUUCCACAGCGGAUGCUUCAAGUGCGUCGUGUGCGGUACGAAGCUGACGCUGAAGACGUACUACAACAACCAGCACCGGCAGGAGGACAAGGAGGUGUACUGUUCGAGCCAUGUGCCGAAAAUCGGGCCGGGCCACCUGGACGGCACGUCGGUGGGCAUCAGGAGCGCGCUGAACGUGCCCAAGUCGACGACGUACGUCAACGACCAGAUACGCGGCAGCGGCAAGGGCACGUUCGACGCCGAGGCGCUCAACAUCAAGCAGCACCUCAACGGCUCGACGCCCAACAACCGCGCGCAGUCGCCGCUACCGGUGCCGUACAUCGGAUCGUCCACCCCGGACACCGGUUACCAGUACGGCCGGUUCGACGCCUCGGCGCUGCACAUUGCGCACGCGCUCCGCGCCACCGAACUCCACAAAUCGUACCCGAACAAGAACGGCGUCCGGGAGAAGCCCAUACACUGUUAUUUGGAUAAAGAUGAACAGACUAGGUUAGAAAUGAAACAUCGUAAAGAAGAAGACGAUUUGUACAGGAAGUUUGCGAAGCAACGGGAAGCCGAAGACAUUCGUAUAAAGGAAGAGAUAAACAACGAAUGGGAAAAAGAAUUGGAAAGGCUGACCAUACGUUUUGAGAAGGAACUUCAAACGAAAAGAAAACGGCCGGAUGAACAAAAAGUUCUCACGAUAAAGUUGCAACAAGAACGAGACAAUCUUGAAAAGAAUAUGACACUAAGGAGGGACAAAAAGAAAGAGUCGCUGACUAAAAAACUCUUGGAACAUGAAAGAGCUGCCACUGCGGCUCUGGUGGAGAAGCAGAGCAGCGAAAUGUUGGAGCUGAUCAACGAGAAGCGCAGCGAGUACAUGAUGGCCGAAUCGCUUUAUCUGGACGACUCGACGAUACCGGACGAGACGGCCGAGGCGCUCAACGACAACGUGCAACCGUACCCGGGCAAGGCGCCGCUGCCCCCGUCGCCGCACGGCGUGGCCCAAGCAAAGUUCCAGCUGUACUCGGACCCGUUGGAAUUUGCGCACAUCGACCAGAUCGCCAUAUCGGUAGCGCAAGAAGACCAAAAAACCUUUACAGAUUUAGUAAGGAUGUUGGUGGGAAAAUGCGGUUCAGACAUAGAAAAAGCCAGGACGAUUUUCCGAUGGAUUACUGUCAAAAACUUGAAUACAAUGAAUUUCGAUGACAAUCUGAGGGGUGACACUCCAAUGGGCCUGCUCAGAGGUAUCAAACACGGAACGGAAAGUUACCACGUACUGUUCAAACGACUGUGCAGCUAUGCUGGUUUACACUGCGUCGUCAUCAAAGGCUACUCGAAGUCAGCCGGUUACCAACCAGGUGUUCAUUUCGAAGACAGUCGGUUCCGAAACUCGUGGAACGCCGUCUACGUAGCCGGCGCAUGGCGGUUCGUGCAAUGCAAUUGGGGCGCACGGCAUCUAGUCAACGCCAAAGAAGUGCCCAAAGUGGGAGCCAAAGGAAAAUCCGACAGCUUAAGGUAUGAAUAUGACGACCAUUACUUCCUAACGGACCCACGAGAGUUUAUCUACGAGUUUUUUCCACUGCAACCCGAAUGGCAGUUACUCAAAAACCCUAUAACUCAACGAGAUUUUGAGGAUUUACCAUUCGUCAGAUCUCUGUUCUUUAGAUACGGCCUCUACUUCCCAGACUCCAACACAAAAGCUGUCAUGUAUACGGACGCAACAGGAGCCGCUACAGUGCGAAUAGCGAUACCGACCAACAUGCAGUCCAACCUGAUAUUCCAUUACAAUUUGAAAUUCUACGAUAGCGAAGGGGACACGUACGACGGAGUGAGCUUGAAGCGCUUUGUCAUGCAGUCUGUCUUGGGCAAUAUCGUGUCCUUCCGCGUACACGCGCCCAACAGCGGAGCGUUCCUGUUGGACAUAUUCGCCAAUUCGGUGACGCCCAAGGAGUAUCUGACCGGUGAGCCGAUGAAGUUUAAGAGCGUAUGCAAGUUCAAAAUCAUUUGUGAAGAACUGCAAACCGUCAUGGUGCCGUUGCCCGACUGCGCCAGCGGCGAGUGGGGUCCUACAAAGGCCACUCGGCUCUUUGGCCUCAUACCCAUAUCACAUCAGGACCCACUGGUGUUCGCCGGCCGGGAGCUGGAAAUCCAGUUCCGGAUGUCGAAGCCGCUGACGGAUUUCAUGGCCACGUUGCACAAGAACGGCGUGGAGGAGAAACGGCUGUCCAAGUACAUAUCGCACACGAUCGUGGACGAUUUCAUCACGUUCCUGAUCGGGUUCCCGGAAGAGGGCCAGUACGGUCUGGACGUGUACACGCGAGAGAUAUCGUCGCACAAGUCGGACGAGAACGGCCACCACAACCAUCACCAGCACCAGCACCGGCUCGCCAACGGCAACGGAAUCCACGGCGAAAAACACCUGCUCACCCACUGUUGCAAAUACUUGAUAAACAGUUCGAAACGAAAUUAA